CAAUGAUGUCUCAGGUCUCUGAGCCUGUCACCAAGUCCACAACUUUAGCCACCAGCCCCAAUUCAGAGAGUGAACCUCUUCAGCUGCCGAACACCCCAAGGGUAUUGGAAAAGAAGGAUGGGAAGAUUCAUAUUGGAAAUGAGGUUUGGCUGCGAGAGGAAGUCUGGAACAAGAUCCAAGCCACAAGAAAAGACUCGUUGUACGUCAAAGAGUUAGCAGUGGCCAUCUGGGGGAGCAGUGAACUAAAACAACGGAGUGUGUCAGGAAAGGAAUGCCCCACCAAAAACACUGAGGCAAAGCCUCCCUUGACCCCAGACAGGCUGGGAACCCUCAAAGAUUGUUUCUAUCGCUGGUUGAGGGCCCAGGAUCUGGAGAAGGCAGAGGUGGACAGGAGAUCGAAGCUGGUGGGCUUCUUUAUCUCCCAGAAAAUUCAAGACUUGAACAAGAAGGACAAAAAAAACUUGGAAAAAUGAAAUGAAAAUUGAUGGAAAGCUUUUAUCAAACUGCAUUUGUCAUUUAUUUAAAUAAGGGUUUUGGGUUUCAUUUCACUUAAGGUUUUAUUUUUAUUGUGUUUAUGCUUUAAAAUAGACUUUUAAUAGCCUUUUUAUAGUACAUUUUCAUGACCAGUUUAACCAGAUUUCCAAUUCAGUUAUC